GAAGAUACCAGUUUAACGCCAUUUUAGUUGCAAUGAACGGUUUGGUGACAGUGGUUUUGGUCGCUAGUUUCGGUCAAAUUUUAGAAGCUGUCGAGCUAGCUGUAGAAGCCGAUCGAACUUACGAUGCAGAUAAGUUUCACAAAGUGUCCAAAUUUAAAGUUCCGAUUGAUCCCGGUGAUAGGAAUGAAGCUUCGUCGACCUAUUGGAAUCAUCAGGCUCAGAAAACGCUAUGGGAAAAGUUGAACGAAGAUCGGAUCGAUAGGAAGCCAAAGAACAUAAUUUUCUUCGUGGCUGAUGGAAUGUCCGCGACCACAAUUACCGCAACCCGGAUGUACCUGGGAAACGAGAAUGUUCGGCUAUCGUUCGAGGAGUUUCCUCACGUAGCCUUGACGAAGACGUACUGCGUGGACAAUACGGUACCAGAUUCUUCCUGUACGGCCACGGCUUUCAUGUCCGGUGUGAAAACGAGGAAGGGAAUGAUCAACGUGGGACCAGGAGUUGAACGUUCUAAUUGUGACUACAAUCGAGCCGAGCACGAGUUCAAGGGAUUGUUUAAGUGGGCUCAGGAUGCAGGGAAACUGACUGGGGUGGUAACGACAACGCGAAUCACUCACGUAACACCGGCUGCAGCGUAUUCGAGUGUGGCUGAUCGAGAAUGGGAACAUGAUGGUGUUCUGCUAGAUAGUGGUUGUGAUCCUCAGAAAUAUCCCGACUCAGCUCAACAACUGGUUCAUGGGGAUGUUGGGAAGAAACUGAGGGUUGCCCUUGGAGGAGGAAGGGCAAAUUUUCUUCCACAAGCAGCAUUGGAUGAAGAAUCGCUACCAGGUAAGCGAAGGGAUGGAAGGAACUUGAUAGACGAAUGGAAGAGAGUUCAUGAAGGCAAUCGAACACACUACGUUUGGAAUAAGCAAGCUUUGAAGGGCAUCGACUUGAAGAAUACAGACUAUUUAUUAGGUCUGUUCGACAGCGAUCAUUUUCUGUACAGUCUGCAGAUUGAUGAGCGGAAGCUAGGGGAUUCAAAACCUAAACUACCGGAAUUGGUUGAAGCGGCUAUUGGAGUGCUCGCUAACAAAAGCGAAGAUGGUUAUGUGCUGUUCGUUGAAGGAGGCAUGAUCGACAUAGCUCAUCACUACAGCUGGGCGAGACUCGCUCUGCAAGAGACAGUCGACUUUGAACGUGCCAUCGAGCUUGCUCGGUCGAUGACCUCCGAAGAAGAUACACUGAUCGUGGUUACCUCGGAUCAUGGUCAUGCGUUCUUUUUCAACGGCAAUACGGUUCGUGGACAAGAUAUCCUAGGGGUGGCCAACAUCAGUGAAGUCGAUGGACUCCCAUACACUACGCUUGGUUACGCAGUUGGAGACGGGUACUUCGUUCACCAUAAGGAUCCGAAUCGCACUCAACGAGUCGACCUCAAUACCUUGAACUUCAACCCAAUCGACUUCAAAUGGCCAACGACCUUCCCGAUGAUUUCUUCGCCGCACUCCGGAGAAGAUAUGAUAGUAUAUGCCAGUGGUGCUCGAGGGCAUCUCUUUAGCGGAGUUAUUGAGCAGAACGUCCUUCCGGAACUGAUUGCUUACGCAGCAGAAAUUGGCAACUAUCGCUCAAAAUCAACAUCAAUUGCUACCGGUUUACAGCUUUUGUUGCUAUCAACUAUCUUAGGUUUGGUUUUACAAUAAUGCUGUUGUAGCACUUGAACAAAUAAAUCCAAAUCAAUCGGAAA